GGCGUCGCUGUGGGGCGGGGCGGCGCAUGUUUACGUCCCGCCGGGCGCGCCGCGUCGCCGCCUGAGGUUGUUCGGCCGGGGUCCGAGCUUCUCGCACCAUGGACACCAGCGACCUGUUCGCCAGCUGCAGGAAAGGGGACGUGGGCCGCGUGCGUGGACCCAGGGUAACUUGGGAAGGGGGCGUCAGGGCUUAUGAGUUGUACAGGUGGAGAGGUAACCAGGAGGGGCGGGAGAUUCAGAUUUCCGUCAGGCUCCAACCCACUGAUGGCCGAGCCCUGCUGUCCUUAGGAGCCCGCUGCGAGGCCAAUACCUUUGAUGGCGAGCGCUGCCUCUAUGGGGCACUGAGCGACCCCAUCCGCCGGGCUCUGCGGGAUUACAAGCAGGUCACAGCCUCCUGCAGGCGCCGGGAUUACUAUGAUGACUUCUUGCAGAGGCUCCUGGAGCAGGGCAUCCACAGUGACGUGGUCUUCGUGAUUCACGGAAAGUCCUUCCGCGCGCAUCGCUGCGUCCUGGGGGCGCGCAGUGCCUACUUCGCCAACAUGCUGGACACCAAGUGGAAGGGCCGGAGCGUCGUGGCGCUGCGGCAUCCUCUGAUCAACCCGGUGGCGUUCGGAGCCCUGCUGCAGUACCUGUACACAGGCCGCUUGGACGUCGGAGUGGAGCACGUCAGCGACUGCGAGCGCCUGGCCAAGCAGUGCCAGCUGUGGGACCUGCUGGGCGACCUGGAGGCCAAGUGCGAGAAGGUGUCGGAAUUCGUGGCCUCCAAGCCCGGCACGUGCGUCAAGGUGUUGACCAUCGAGCCUCCGCCCGCCGACCCCCGGCUCCGGGAGGACCUGGCGCUGCUGGCCGACUGCGCGCUGCCCCCCGAGCUGCGGGGCGACCUCGGGGAGCUGCCCUUCCCCUGCCCCGACGGCUUCAACAGCUGCCCAGACGUCUGCUUCCGCGUGGCCGGCUGCAGCUUCCUGUGUCACAAGGCCUUCUUCUGCGGCCGCAGUGACUACUUCCGGGCCCUGCUGGAGGACCACUUCCGAGAGAACGAGGAGCCCGCGGCCUCUGGGGACCCCCCGGUUGUCACCCUGCAAGGCAUCUCCCCCGAGGUCUUCACGCACGUGCUCUACUACGUGUACAGCGACCGCACCGAGCUGCCCCCCGAGGCGGCCUAUGACGUGCUGAGCGUGGCGGACAUGUACCUGCUGCCGGGCCUCAAGAGGCUGUGUGGCCGCAGCCUGGCCCAGCUGCUGGACGAGGACAGCGUGGUGGGCGUGUGGCGCGUGGCCAAGCUGUUCCGCCUGGCGCGGCUGGAGGACCAGUGCACGGAGUUCAUGGCCAAGGUCAUCGAGAAGGUGGGCAGGGGCGGAGGGCAAGUGGGCGUGGCGGAGGGCAAGCCAUGA